AGUUUUGCAGAGCAUCCACAGGAGCCACGAUAUAACAAGGUGGAAGAAUAGAACGAAACGGAACGACCACACCAACCAGUAAGGCUCCUCUCCUCCCGUCCUGCCAAGAAUAGGCGACAAUGGCCGAUAAGGGCGAUACGGCGGCCAUGGCCGUCCUUGGCUGGUCGCCUUCUUGGAUUUGUGGGCGGCAGGACGGGUGGCUCACCGUCGCAUCGCUGUGCGUGCAGAGGAGCCUGAUCGACUGCGUCAAUGUGGUGCUCCUCGUCGCCUACGUCUCUGCGCUGGUUGCCGCCUGCGUCCCGCUGCAGCGCGCCGGCCGGAGGAGCAGCUGUUGCGGGUGGCGGUGGGAGGUGCUCAUGGUAUCCGUGUGCUGCGUCGCGGCUGCCGCAGGGUACGGCGUCACCGGUUUCCAGGAUGCCUCAAACAUCGCGGCGGUGGCUCCUUACUUCGUCAGGGGGUUGGUCUGGGUCGUCCUGGCGGCUUCGUUGCACGUCCAGCCGACGAGGCCGGCGAGGGCCGUCGCCGUCCUCUGGUGGGGCCUCUUCUCGUUGCUCAUCACCGCGUACAAUGUGGAGCUCCUUGCCGGGGGCCUCCGGCUCGACGUCGCAGAAGCAAUAGCGUGGCCGGCGAACUUCCUCCUGCUUCUCUGCGUCCUCGACUCACUGCUCCGGCGAAGCCACGGGCACCACCAGGACGCCCCCAACGACGACGGCUUGUCGGAGCCUCUGAUCGACAAGGACAAAGCGGUGCAGUACUCGGAGCUGUACCGGGCUGGCCUGUUCAGUCAGCUCGCCUUCUCCUGGCUGAACCCUCUGCUCCGUCUCGGCCGCUCCAAGGUGCUAGACCUCGCCGACGUCCCGCUCAUCGCCGGCGAGGACAGCGCGCAGAACGCCUCGCAGAAGUUCGCCGAGGCCUGGAGCCGCCAUGUGCACGACAAGGCGAGGAGCCGCCGGAGCAGCAGCCUCGCCCUCGUCUUGUUCAAGUGCUUCCUCGGGGAGAUCGCGCUCACCGGCUUCUACGCCUUCCUGAGAAUGCUGUCUAUAGCGGUGUCCCCUCUACUGCUCUUCGCCUUCGUGUGGUACAGCAACCAGGAAGAGAGGGACCUCCGCGCCGGCCUGCAGCUCGUCGGCUGCUUGCUGCUCAUGAAGCUCGUCGAGUCGCUAUCGCAGCGGCAUUGGUUCUUCGACUCGAGGAGGACCGGGAUGCGCAUCCGGUCUGCGCUGAUGGCGGUCAUCUUCCAGAAGCAGCUCAGGCUGUCUAGCCAAGGGAGGAAGAACCACUCCACCGGCGAGAUCGUCAACUACAUUGCGGUCGACGCGUACCGGCUUGGCGACGCCAUCAGCUGGCUGCACAUGGGGUGGAGCUCGCCACUUCAGCUAGCCUUUGCAGUGGGCACGCUCUUCUGGGCACUGAAGCUUGGGGCUCUUCCCGGUCUAGCCCCCCUCGUCAUCUUCGGCUUCCUCAACGUGCCGUUCGCGAAGAUCUUGCAAGGGUACCAGGCAAAGUUCAUGGUUGCGCAGGACGAGAGGCUCCGGUCGACGUCCGAGAUACUGAACAGCAUGAAGAUCAUCAAGCUGCAGUCAUGGGAGGAGAAGUUCCGGCACGUCAUCCAGUCGCUCAGGGACGCCGAGUUCAGAUGGCUGAGCGAGACCCAAAUGAAGAAGGCCUAUGGAGCGGUCAUGUACUGGAUGUCCCCGACGGUCGUCUCCGCAGUGAUGUACACCGCGACGGCGAUCAUCGGGAGCGCACCCCUGAAUGCCAGUACACUCUUCACUGUCUUGGCCACCCUGAGAGUCAUGGCUGAGCCGGUGAGGUUUCUUCCUGAGAUCCUCACAAUAAUGAUCCAGUACAAGGUGUCGUUAGACCGUAUCGAGAAGUUCCUCCUCGAAGAUGAGAUCAAAGAGGAGGAUGUGAGGAGGGAACCUUCUAAUGACUCUGACAUCAGAAUUCAAGUCCAAGAUGGAAAUUUCAGCUGGAAUGCAAGUGGGGCUCAUCUGUCACUUUGGAAUGUUAACCUUAGCAUCAGUAGAGGCGAGAAAGUGGCCGUCUGCGGCCCGGUUGGCUCAGGGAAAUCUUCACUCCUGCAUGCGUUACUUGGGGAGAUACCUAGGAUAUCAGGAUCAGUUGAGGUAUUUGGCUCAGUGGCAUAUGUUUCACAGAACUCCUGGAUACAGAGUGGGACUGUCCGCGACAACAUACUCUUCGGGAAGCCGUACAACAAGGAACUGUAUGAGAAGGCAAUCAAGGCUUGUGCUCUGGACAAGGAUAUAGAAAAUUUUGAUCAUGGAGACCUGACAGAGAUUGGUCAGAGAGGACUCAACAUGAGUGGAGGCCAGAAGCAAAGGAUUCAGCUGGCUAGAGCCGUCUACAAUGAUGCAGAUGUUUAUCUCCUGGAUGACCCUUUCAGUGCAGUUGAUGCACACACCGCUGCGGUUCUUUUCUAUGAUUGUGUAAUGACGGCACUUGCAGAGAAGACGGUUUUUCUUGUGACCCACCAAGUUGAAUUUCUAACUGAAACUGAUAGGAUUCUGGUAAUGGAAGGAGGUAAAGUUGGUCAACAAGGGAAAUAUUCAGAACUACUGGAAUCUGGGACAGCAUUUGAGAAGCUGGUUUCUGCUCACCAAUCUUCGAUCACAGCAUUGGAUACUAGUGCCAGCAACCAGAACCAAGUUCAAGGGCAACUGGUGUCUGAUGAUAACAUAGUGCCAAGUGCAUUGCAGGCUACAAGGCAGGCUAGCGACAUCGAAAUCUCUGCAAAAGGGCCUUCAGCAGUCAUCCAGCUGACAGAAGAGGAGGAGAAGGGGAUCGGCGUCCUGGGAUGGAAGCCAUACAAAGACUACAUAAAUGUCUCCAAGGGCACUUUCCAAUUCUCAGGCAUGUGUGCUUCUCAGGUGCUCUUCACAUGCUUUCAGAUCAUGUCCACAUACUGGUUGGCGGUAGCUGUUCAGAUGGAUAACGUCAGUGCUGCACUUCUAGUUGGGGCCUAUUCUGGGCUCUCCAUCUUCAGCUGCUGCUUCGCCUACUCUAGAAGCCUUUUCGCGGCUACUCUGGGGCUCAAGGCCUCCAAAGCAUUCUUCAGCGGGCUAAUGGAUUCUGUUUUCAAGGCUCCAAUGUCAUUUUUUGACUCAACACCAGUGGGAAGAAUUUUAACAAGGGCAUCUUCAGAUUUAAGCAUUCUGGACUUCGACAUACCUUACUCCAUGGCUUUUGUGGCCACGGGCGGUAUUGAGGUUGUAACUACAGUACUGGUCAUGGGUACUGUAACUUGGCAAGUCUUGGUUGUAGCAAUCCCAGUUACAAUCACCAUGGUAUAUGUUCAAAGGUACUAUGUUUCAUCAGCCAGAGAGCUAGUAAGAAUCAAUGGAACGACGAAGGCACCUGUCAUGAACUAUGCAUCGGAAUCAAUUCUUGGUGUGGUGACGAUCAGGGCGUUUACAGCAACAGAGAGGUUCAUCCACAACAACAUGAAGCUCAUCGACACCGAUGCAACGCUGUUCUUCCACACCGUUGCUGCGCAGGAGUGGGUGCUCAUAAGAGUAGAGGCACUGCAGUCCUUGACAAUACUUACAUCAGCAUUGUUCCUUGUUUUGGUUCCUCCAGGAGUAAUUUCACCAGGCUUUGCGGGACUUUGCCUCUCCUAUGCUUUGACGCUGACUUCAGCACAGGUCUUCUUGACAAGGUUCUAUUCCUACUUGGAAAACUACAUCAUCUCAGUCGAGCGAAUCAAGCAGUAUAUGCACCUCCCGUCGGAGCCACCAGCCAUUAUACCAGAAAAUAGACCUCCAAGUUCAUGGCCGCAGGAGGGAAGGAUAGACCUGCAAGAUUUGAAGGUAAGAUACCGUCCAAAUGCACCACUUGUUCUCAAAGGAAUCACUUGCGUUGUCGCUGCUGGGAACAAGAUUGGGGUUGUAGGAAGGACAGGGAGCGGGAAAUCAACGCUUAUCAGCUCAUUGUUCCGUCUCGUUGAUCCUGCGGGUGGGAGGAUACUUAUUGACAAGUUGGAUAUCUGCUCUGUGGGCCUCAAGGAUCUAAGGACUAAACUGAGUAUUAUCCCUCAAGAACCUACACUGUUCAGGGGAACUGUGCGCAAUAAUUUGGAUCCCCUUGGCCUUCAUUCCGACCAAGAGAUUUGGGAGGCCUUGGAGAAGUGUCAACUAAAAACAGCAAUUAGCAGCACCCCUGCCCUUCUUGAUACAGUAGUGAGCGACGAUGGCGAUAACUGGAGCGCUGGACAGCGUCAGCUCUUCUGUCUUGGCAGGGUUCUCCUACGCAGGAACAAAAUUCUAGUUCUAGAUGAGGCAACAGCUUCCAUCGACUCUGCAACAGAUGCGAUACUGCAGAAAGUCAUCAGGCAACAGUUCUCGAGUUGCACAGUGAUAACCAUAGCUCACAGGGUUCCAACUGUGACAGACAGUGACAGGGUCAUGGUACUUUCCUACGGUAUGCUUUUUGACGGAAACUUUCUAUGGGAAGCUUCUGGAAUAUGAGACACCAGCCAAGCUGUUGGAAGACAAACAAUCAGCCUUUGCUAAACUUGUGGCGGAGUAUUGGGCUAAUACCAGACGGAAUUCAACAUGAUUCUACUAUUGUGUCAGGGCAUGAUAAAAGAUACGAUCAAUUCAAUUAAGAUACUGAAAUCUUCUCAAACUGAAUCUGUGAGAAGACUGGGCAUGACCUAUUCAUUAUUUGAUUGGUGGAAUUGCUGGAAAUAAAGAAGUCAACAAAAAAAAUGUAACUCUGGCAGUGGGACCAAUUUUCGGAGUUAGGGUUGAUGGACAGAAGCUGGUUAAUUGAACUACUCCAAAUAAGCUAUAAGGUGUUCAACUAUUCAUUUCAAAAUGGAAAGGAAGAUCCACUUUCAGAAUGAUAAAUGGCAUUUUCAGAUCGAUGUAAGAUAUUUUUUAGUAAGAAGAAAAUGGAAGGUCGUGAUUCAGUAGAAUCUGUAGCCAAAGUAUGCCACAACAAUUAUUACCAUGUUCCUUGUGUACGCAAUAUUGAUAAACUUAAAGAUGAUGGCUGUAUAGAGUGAGAGGCGUAUUGUUUUUCAAAUAAUUAAAGGACAGUGCCGAGAUAUAA